GCUCGUGACCCGGUUGGUCUACACUUGUAACCACCUGCAGUCCGAGCUGGCGAUUCUCCGACGGGCAAUGCAGAGCCACAAGGAUCUGCAUGAGGAUGCUACAUGGGCACUUCAUUCCCGUGUACAGGACUUGGAGCAAGUUGCACCAAGACCGAAUGCUGGCGAGACCAGCAGUGCACCCUCUACCCACCAGUUGGAGGAACGAGUUGCCCACGUAGUCGCAAUGCUCGUCGACAUCAGUACGUUCGCUGCACCAGCCACCAUCAGCAACCAGCUGGACACCUUGAAGACCGAGGCUCAGCAACUGCAGCUGCCUAACAAGGAUGGCAACACCACGCAACAUUACAAGAUGCCGACAUUCCAUAUCGAGAAGUUCGAUGAUUAUACGCAUCAAGACCCGGUCCUCUGGUGGGAGGGCUUUACGACGCAACUUCGGAUUUUGUUCAUCGCCAAGCACUCGUACAUCGGCGCGCUGUUCCUCAACUCAAAGGGCGGAUGCCAGAUCCGGUUGAGCCACCUGGCAACCGUCCACGGCGUCGACGUCGCAAAUCUGAAAGAUAAGAUCUCUUGGGAAGAGCUAACACGGCUAUGGAAGAAGUGGUUCAUCGUGGACGACGCGCCAACACUCGUCAUCAACCUCCUCUUCGCUAUUGCGCAAGGCAACACAGCAACACGUGACUGGCUCACGGAAUGGCAAAAGAUCGCGGCAACGCCCGAUCUAGAAUUGUCAUUUUCGCAUCUGCGCCGAGAGUUCUACAACCGGUCGUGUGGCGCCUUGAGCCUUGCACUUGGUGAUCGCAAGCAGUACGCAACCUUCGCUGAAAUCAUCGACAAGGCAAGGGAGAUCAUCAAGACCAAUAGGGUAGCUGCACAUAAAAAAUCAGCAUGGCAGCCAACCAAUGUGAAGAAAGUGAAAACUGGUCCGCGGCCGCAGCAUGUCGCCGCAGUCCAAUCGGACAACAUUGUGGAAGACCCGGCAGCCACCUAGGUGGCCGCUGUCUUGCCGCGAAGCAACAACAAGUCCCGAGGAAACGGGAAGGCGAAAACCGCAUCGU